AUGAAAUUCGGAGAUACUUAUACGGAGUUUCUGCAUAAGGAAGAAGUACGAUUCUCGGAGAAGUGCUCGCAUGUCGAGUAUAAGCGGCUGAAGAAAGUCCUCAAGACUUGUCAGAGUUGUAAGACAUUGCAAGAAGCUUCAACCGCUGAUCAACAAGAAGGUGCUGCUAAUCAAAAUAAACAGUUGUGUCAAUGUCAAUCUUGCCCUGCGUGUGAUCAGGCAUUCUUCACAGAGUUAAUGAAGGAAGUUUCAGACAUAGCUCUAUGCUUCAGUUUGAGAGUCAGACAUCUCCUCCAUCUCCAUGUUGCUACUGGAAUGCAGAGAUACUUACUGAGGUUGCGUCAAUGUUUUAUGAAUGAUCAGCAAGCGAUGGUACAUAGCUCUGAAAAUGGCAAGAUUUUCAAAUCCAAGAUGCGGGCUGAACAUAUCGAGCUUUUGCAAUCACCUUGGCUUAUAGAAUUGGGUGCUUUUUCUUUGAAUCUUCAUGGAUCAGAUGGUGAAGGCCUCAAUGAACUUUCUGGUCACUUCUCUUGUGAUCUUGAUGCGACACCACCUAUAAUGACAUUGAUGCUUCCUGACUCCUUGAAGAUGGAAUAUGAUCUGACUUGUGCUGUAUGCUUGGAAACUGUUUUCAAUCCAUAUGCUUUGAGCUGCGGCCACCUUUUCUGCAAGUCUUGUGCUUGCUCAGCUGCUUCUGUGUUUAUCUUCCAAGGCCCUAAAUCUGCAGCCCUGGAUGCAAAGUGCCCAAUAUGCAGAGAGGCCGGAGUGUAUGCUAAAGCAGUGCACAUGUUGGAACUAGAUCUGCUCCUGAAAAUAAGGUGCAAAGACUACUGGAAAGAGAGGUAUACUGCAGAACGUGCAGAGAUACUGAAGCAAAGUAAGGAGUUUUGGGAUUUACAAGCCAAAUAUGCAGUGUAUUGA